AUGUCCAUGACACAACCCGGCUAUGCUUACCCGACCUCUUUAAGCGCUUCUCUUAACCCUGACGAAGAUUGGACCAAGAUAUCCGACCUUGCCAAGCGUCGAAGGAUACAGAACCGCCUUGCUCAGCGUAAUUAUCGAAAGAAGGUCAAACGCUGUCUUGACGACCUCGAGCGCCUUACUGGUUCCUCAGAGGAUGUAGCGGCGGACAAGCAGCCCCAAAAGACUAUUAAAUGGAAACAACAUUCCUUCGCAUCCCACAGUAGAAAAUCGCGAUCUACGGUUGUCGGAAUGCCAAUUGUCUCUCAAUCUCUGCUCACUUCUCCCGUGCAGCAUACUGGCGAGCCUUUAGCCACCGACACCCGCGACGACAAAAUCCGAUCCAGCAGCCUUCCCCACUUAAGUUCCCUUGCCCAGUCGGCUCCCACUGAGAUUCUACUUCCUUUAUGUGACUCUGCUCAGCCCUCCUCAGCCAUUGAAGACACGGAUGACUCUGCCAACAACAUGAUACCCUCUACGGCGCCCACGACGCUGUCUCCCGCGACACACAUUAGCGAUACUAUUAAUUCAUGGGGGUAUGGUAGCGUCGAUGGACUCAACCCUUACAUAGCCUACUGUAACAUGACUCCUAUGGAGUUAAAUUCUAUCAGCUUAUACGGACAUCUCGAUUGUCAU